CGUAUAACAGUACGAGCGAGUGGAGGGGAAGCCCUUGGAGCCCUUGAAGACUGUGUGGCAGAGCAGCAAAGUAAGAUGUAAGAGUUUUGGGGAGUAUAUUUAUACACUUGGUUUGUCCCACAACGCCAAACAAUACACGGUCAACUUGGCUCUAAUCAUUUGACAAAUCCACCGAAAAAAAACACAACACUCUGAAAAACACGAAGAAGAAAGUGUCGGAGCUCAUGGCCAUAGCUUCCUCCUGGUCCCUUCACUACCCUCUUCGCCAAAGUUCAUUCCCGAAUUGCCCGUACCUUCCUAACAAUGCUCGAUUCCGUCCCCGCCUCCACUUCCCCUCUUCCACCAUACGUGCGAGCUCCGCAGUUGCUCUAGAACAGGUGCAGAAGAACAUUGAGAAGGAAAAUAUGCAGAGGAGAGAUAGUUGUUCUCUUGGAUUUAGGCACACAACAGAAUCAGAAAUUGGAAGUAGAAUUGUUUGCAUGCCCAGUAUGUUAUCAACCACUGAUAAGAAAGGGCCCUCCAGGCCAGCAAUUUAUCGGUCUGGUUUCAAGUGUGAAGGAUGCAAUAAGGCAUACUCCAGCAAAGACAUCUAUCUGGAUCUCACCGUUACUGCUGGCUCGAGAGACUACACUGAAGUCAAACCAGCUAGGACAGAGCUAUUUCGGAGUCCGCUUGUUUCAUUCUUGUAUGAAAGAGGCUGGCGUCAGAAUUUUAACAGAAGCGGGUUCCCUGGGCCUGAUGAAGAGUUCCAAAUGGCUCAGGCAUACUUUAAAUCUGCUGAAGGUGGUCAUCUGGUAGAUGUUAGCUGUGGGAGUGGUUUGUUUUCCAGAAAGUUUGCCAAAUCCGGGACCUAUUCUGGAGUUAUAGCACUGGAUUUUUCCGAAAAUAUGCUUCGCCAGUGUUAUGAUUUCAUUAAGAGUGAUGGCACUCUUUUAACUACUAAUCUUGCUCUUGUAAGGGCAGAUGUUUCUAGGCUUCCCUUUUCAACAGGUUCAGUCGAUGCUGUUCAUGCUGGCGCAGCCUUACAUUGCUGGCCAUCUCCUUCCAAUGCUGUUGCCGAAAUCACUCGUAUAUUGCGAAGUGGAGGAGUCUUUGUAGGAACCACAUUUUUGCGGUACAACUCAUCUACUCCUUGGAUAUUACGCACUUUGAGGGAGAGGUUUCUGCAGAACUAUAACUACUUGACGGAGGAAGAGAUCAAGGACCUGUGCACAUCAUGUGGUCUUACGAACUACUCAAGCAAAGUUCAACAAUCUUUCAUUAUGUUUUCUGCUCAGAAGCCUCAAAACUAGUUUUCUGUUGAUUUUUUCUAUAAUUUAGUUCUUCUGUAUAAAUAAGUAGGCCUCAAAAGGUAAUUACGCUGGGAGAUGUGAAGUAAUUUUCAGUAGUUCCAUGUCUUAUUCUGAAAAAGAGAGAACAACUGUGAAAAUGUUAGAUUGUGUUGAUUAGGGUGUAAAAAAGUGAUGAAUAUGAGGUGCUGAUCAGAGUUGAUAGACCAGUAUCCUGUAUACAUGAAGCAAACUAAUGGCGGAUUGGAAAA